AUGGCGACCUCUUUUGCCGGCCUUAGUUCCGAGCAGAAAGCAGAUACUGCAGAAAUGGAGAAUCAAGCGACUGAAGCAUUCCCAUCAAUGAAAGAUCUCGCCGAUGUACUGGUGGGAGGAAGUGGAUGGCUUGAGAAUGCAGACGCAGCGGAUCGCAAGCGCGUAGAAAAACAUCUCGACGAGGAAGCAAACCUCGAUUACGAAGAUGAGGAUGAAGGGGACGACGGCGAUGGCGACUCGGCAGAUGACUCCGACGGCGAAUUUGAUCUGGACCUCGACUCCGAAAGUGACUUUUCGGGUAGCGACUCUGACCCUGGUGUUUGCCAGAACGCAGUCGUUCAGUGA